UUGACUGUUGUCUUUUGCCUUGAGAAGAAGAUAAGCGAGAACAUUUGCGGCGCUUGGAAAAAAAGGGGGAAAAAACCCACAUUUUUUAUAAACCCCAAAUCGCUUUUCAGUUAAGCUCGUAAACCAGCGCAAGUCCGUGCCGAGGGGAAUUUAUCGAAAUGGCCAGGAAGAAGAGCAAGCAGGUCGGAGUUGGGAAUAAAGAGCAGAGUUUGUCGAAGAGUCCCGGCGGAGGAGGAGAUGCAGGAGCUGCAGCCAGGAGCGCUCAGUCGGUGCAUACGUGCUGCUUGCUGUGCCAUCGGGAGUUUAACGACUGGGGCUCGGGCCUUGCCAACGGGCUUCCGAGCCACGGCUCGAAGCUAGCUGACGCCGUCCCAGCGCUCUCGCAGGCCCUGCUAAGGGAGGCACCCGGGCGCAAGCUGGCAGACGCUGUGCCGUCGCUGUCACAGUCGCUGCUGGGCGAGGUGCCGCUGUGGAUCUGCCAGAGCUGUCGGAAGAGCGUGGAGGAGGAGGAGCGGAGGGCGGUGCAUGACCAAAGCAUGCCGGCACCGCUGUCCCACUCGUCUUCAUGCAAGUCGCAGAAUUGUGGGAACGGUUACCCAGAGCAAAACUCGGUGGACUGGGAUCCCAGCUCCUUCCUGUCGGCCCGGAAGCUGUCGGGACUCUGGAACUCGACACACACGAACACGGGGGCUCACUGCACCCACGGCACUGCUACUCACUCUCAGCAAGCAGGCGGAACGGCAGGACCAACCUGUCACGAUAAACGAACGUCUCACGAGUCGUCCGGGACCAAAGUGUGUCCCUACAGUCACCCGGCGUCCCCCAGUGCCACAUCCACCGCUACGCCACUCUCUACCUCCGCUGAGCUCUGCAAGACCUCGGCCAAGCACUUCAAAACCAUGUGUAGGAGACCAACUCCUCCAGGUGAAGCGUUUCAUCCGAACGAGCAGCACCAGCCGUCGGCGGAUCUGUCAGUUCCACCCAACAGCCCCACGGGUCUCUCUUCUUCCCAGAAUUCAUCUUUGCUGCCCCCAUCCGCCAAGCCCCCUUCAAAUCAGCACGCGCCGUUCACUCCGCUAGCACCAAACCUCGGCACCAAGCACUCGGGCACGCAGGACAAACCCAGCACCUGCAAAAACGCCAAACUGAGCUCCUCUAUGAUGGGCUGCAAUCAUCCGUGCAACGGGCAUAACCCCAACGGCGCCAGUGCAGCCUCCACUAACACAGCGCACCUAACAGCCAGCACGUGCAGGGACCAGGCGUGUAAAGGGCACAAGCUGGUAAACGGUUCGUCAUGCCAACAGGCAGCGUGCGAGGGGGACGAAGUGGAGGACGAAGACAGCGGUUCGGAGCGCAGUUCUUGCGCCUCCUCUUCCACGAACCAGCGCGACGGCAAAUACUGCGACUGCUGCUACUGCGAGUUCUUCGGACAUAACGCGCCCCCUGCGGCUCCCACGAGCCGGAACUACGCGGAGAUCCGAGAGAAACUCCGCUCGAGACUGACUCGUCGUAAAGAGGAGCUGCCUCAGAGGCAGGACAUGGACCCAGCUGUAACAAGCGCCAUAGAUCACCGGGACGUCGAUGAGCUUCUCCAUUUUAUCAACUCCACAGAACCCAAAAGGGUCAACAGCGCCAAGGCAGCCAAACGUGCACGCCACAAACAGAAAAAGAAGGAGAAGGAGCGUGCGCAGCAAUCAGGCUGUGAGCAGCGUUUGUCCUCCUCACCUCAGCCAGAGAUGAUGGACGAAGUAGAAGAGGAGGAGCGCGCUCCAGACGGCGAGGCCGGCCGGCUACUCGAGUGGCCUCAGCUAGAGCUGGAGCGCGUCAACAGCUUCCUGACGUCUCGCCUCGAGGAGAUUAAGAACACCAUCAAGGACUCCAUCCGCGCCUCAUUUAGCAUGUACGACCUGAACCUCGACGUCAGCGACUUCCCCAAAAAAGCCGCCUCGUUGGAAGGCCAACGACUGCUGCCUCACCUCAACGGUUCGGUGCCUGAGCCACAGCAGAUCGACCUGGACCUCGCGCCGCUCUCUUUCAAAAACUUUAAAAAGAGCGUAAAGAUUCUCCAAGGCCUGACCGGCGAGAAUAACAACAGCAGUCCUCCUCCCACCAUCACCCCCGAGACCCCGGCCCCUGCAAACAUCACAACAACUACCACCAACACCACCACCACAACCACCAUUGACACCACUCCUACACCCAACGACACGCCCAAAGACGAGACCAAGAACACCACGGGCAACGCCGCCAAGACAAAGAAGGCCAAGAAAAACCAGCGGCAGCAGCAGGAGCAGGCAUCCCACGAGCAGCAGGCGAACUCCAAACCAGCUAGAGCAACAUCUGGAAAUCAGGAUAAAAGCAACGAAGUGGAGAAAGGAGCCAGGGGAGGGUGCAGAGUACCCCAGCAGCAUGGCGAGGGCCAGAAAACGCCGAGCAAAAAGCUAGAGGAAAGCAAGCAAGCCUCGAAGCACAACGGUAACGCAGCCCCGAACGGGAACCAUCACUCGGGUUCAAACACACAAAGGGGGAAGAAUGACAACGAUGCGCGUAAUAACAGAUCCGAACAGGAAGCAGAGAGGAAAAGUAUUUCAAACAAUGUGGUCAACUUUCAGAACUCACAGCAGCAACAACAGUCCAAAGGAAAGAAUAAGAAGAACAAGAGCAAGACGGAAAAGUCCAAUAGUGCUUUUGAUGAUGUGUUUCUCCCUAAAGACCUGGAUCCGACUGAGAUGGAUGAGAUCGAUCGUGAGGUCGAAUACUUCAAGAGGUUUUGCCUCGAUUCGGCAAAACAGACGCGACAGAAGGUGGCCGUAAACUGGUCCAACUUCAGCCUGAAAAAGAUGCCGUCAAACGCAGCGCAGUAACGCAGCACGCACUCUCACACAAAAACACACACACUCUGUCUCUCUGUCUCACACAUACACACACAAACAUACGCCUGGAUGAAGGGAAACGGAAAACCCCCUCCGAAAGAACUUCCCAAUAUGACUCGACUAUGACUCUUGGUCUCUAGCCUGUAGCCACUGUACUCCUGAUUCGAUUGGCUGGAGGUCACCGUCUGUCUGUCUGUCUGUCUCCGCCCUUCUCUCUGUAUGCCACGGGACCCAUUCGACCACGCAGUCUGUACUCGUCCACCGGACACUUUUUACUGUAUCUCUUAGAGCGCGGGAUCACUCGCAGCAAACCUCAUUGCUUCAUUUUGUAGUGUGUAAAUAAUGAUUUUACAAUAAAAAAAGGUUUUAAACCCCAAACCAUG